AUGUCACCAAUGAGCCAAUACGAGGACAUGGAAAGGAAGCUCUACGAGACUGCUGGAGUGUGUCUCACAGGCAGUCGCAAGGUCAGACGCUCGAGAGGGGAGGCCUCACAGCUUCUUUAUCUUGAGGAGGUUCUGCGUCGAUCCAUCACUGCGCCUCUCACCCUGAUAAUUAAUGUAGGGCCCCGGUCAAAUCCUCAGGCUCUUGACCUCAUCUCACACCACGCAGAACGAUGGGAAUCGGUCGAUAUCGUGACGCAGUUCAAGCAUCUCCCCAUUCUUCAGCGAGUCAAGGGCCGACUCUGUCUUCUCAAGAAGCUCUCUCUCGUCGUCCUCAAUGUCACAGAGGUCGGCCAGGUCUUUACCAUGUUCGCUGACGCCCCACAGCUCAUCGAUAUUUCUCUCCGCGCGAUGUAUCAUGUUGAAAUGAAAUUCCCGUAUGAUCAGUUCACAAGAUACAAGGACGCCACCUGCAUUCCUUCCAGAGUAUGCAGUGUCCUCACCCUCUCCCACUCGUUGACGACUCUCUCCUUGCUAUCGCUCGCAGAUCCUCCCCAAUUCCCAGCUGCCACAUUCCCCUUCCUCAAGACCCUGCAAGUCGUGUUUACUUGUUGCCCGACUGGACCGCACGCGCUCAACGGCCUGACGAUUCCUGCAAUCGAGUCGAUCCAGAUGGCCGCACAGUCCGGAAACACUGUCGCAUCUCUGAUUACCAUCAUCUCAAACGGCCCAACGCCGUCUCCACUGAGGCGCCUGGCUUUUCGAAGCGAGAUCAUGCGUCCCGAACAGUUGACCACCCUCCUCAAGUCGACGCCGAGCUUGCUGCAUCUUGAUGCAUCACUCCCUCACGAGGUCGACGUCUUCGCGUUGGCGAAUGGGUCCGACGGCGUUCCGGUCGCCCCUCAGUUGCAGACCUGCAAGUUUUAUUUUAACAGCCCGUUUCGGGACCGCCUCGAGGCCAUCGAACGCCUCGUCGAUGCUCGUUGCGAACUUCUAGAAGCAGACGGAGCGUUCAUCCUCCCUGGCGAGCUUCGUCGGUUGAAGUCGCUCUCGCUCUAUUUUGAAGAUCAUGGAGCUGGGUGGACGCAGCAGACAUACCUCCACGGCCUCCAUCCUUCGAGAAUCUCGAAGCAGCUCGAGCAGUUAAGGAGAGAACUAGCGCUCGGGAGUGCAUAUCUAGAUGCAGCGCUCAUCCAGCGGAUCAACUCAAUUAUGUCGCAAGUCGAGGAACCCGAGGUGGACUGUGGCGAUCCCUCAAAUGUUCAGGCCCAGGUAUUGUAUCUAACACUCCACAAUAUCAGCCGAUGGCCUUUAACGACUCUCGGCGGCAAGUUCUAUGCGAAGGAGGCCACCAAUACUAUAAAGCGAUGGGAUGAAGUCUUCAAUCGAGCGCUGGUAGAACCCCGCUGGGUCUUCGAAGGGACUUAUACCCUGAAAUAUCUUCCCCGCGACAAAUCUGAGAUCUCAUCUCCCUCGGUAUCCCUUUCUCCGUCAGAUGAGCUCAUGCCUGUUCGGUGGCCUCAGAAUCUUAACAAUUGGACGUGGUGCCCAUAA